UUGUCAGAAGAAAAGGAAAAAAAACUUUAUAUAUAUAAAUAGAUUUAGGGUUUGUGGGUUUCACCACCAGAAGUCAUGGAAGGUUCAAAACAGUCUCUCUCACGACGACUAGGACGUGAGCAAGAUCAUGCUGAUAACCACACAACAACCAUUCCUUUUGAUCUCAUCAUUGAGAUACUCUCUUUCCUUCCCGCAAAAUCACUCAUACGAUUACAAUCCGUGUCGAAGCUAUGGUUCUCUACUAUCCGCACUAAAAAUUUCAUCGACUUGUUCCUCGCUAGAUCCAAGACUAGACCUCGUCUCCUUUUACCUUACAUGCACGUAGAAUCCAAAAAACGUUUCAUAUUAUCCGCUCCUGAACACAACAAGGAGGAGGACAAGUCAGCAUCCACCGUCACCCUCAGACACGACAUGACAAUCUUGGAUCCCCUCUACUACGUCAUAUCUCGCCCCGUAAACGGUUUGAUUUGUUGCGUACGUGAUUCAUCCAUCAGCGUUUGUAAUCCUGCCACUAGACAAAUUGUGAAACUGCCAGAUGUUACACUCAACGGAGGAGACAUGUACGCACGUCUUGGCUAUGAUCCAGUCGAAGAUCAAUACAAAGUGUUGUGUGUGAUGAUAGCGAAAUUCAAUUCAUUCGGCCCUUACGGACAAGAUAUCCGACAGGAGCAUUUAGUGUGCACAGUGACAUCAUCAGAGAAACAAGAGUGGAGAAAGAUUGAGAACAGCACCAUAGAUAGUUAUCGUAUCUUCAGCGGAGGGAUAUGCAUUGACGGCGUUAUAUACUAUGAAAUUGGACAGUCAAGGAUAGUUAGAUUCGAUGUUAGAACUGAGACCAUUACGAUAAUUCAAGCACCUGAAGAAUCAGAUUUCGCGGCAACGUUCCCUUCAACUCUUUUUAAUUACAAGGGAAAACUGGGAGGUGUAGAUUACAAAAACGUUAUGAGAUUGUGGAUUCUUGAGGAUGCUGAAAAACAAGAAUGGUCGAGCAUGACGUGUGAGUUUCCUUCUGAAUUAAAAUGUUUACUUGGGAGUUACGUAGUGUGUAAAGGAGAUAUUCACAACGGCGAGCUUAUGGUGUUUCAUCCAUGGUCAUGGUCACUGAAGCCAUUUUUUGUUUGGUAUUAUGAUUUUAAGAAAGAGAGUAUAAUAAAAAAAGUAGAAAUAAAGGUGGAUGGUGAGUUCAGACGUAUCCAUGGGAUCGGUGAGAAAACAUGUCAGAUGUUAUGUUAUCCAGGCUACUUUGAGAAUAUUAGGUUCUUGUGAUCCUAUCAUUAUAGCUUCUUCCAUAUUCAGUUUCAAACGUGACUUAAUUUGUUUGUUGGAAACGAUUAAUUUCUGAAAAUAGGUUUUAUUUUAUUUUGUUUUGUUUGAAGACUUUCGGCUUGGUUCUUGUAAAGUUUGCUAGUUAGGUAUCGAGCGUGAAUAAACAAAGAACCAACGAAUAAGAUAGAAAGUGUCGCUGAGUUUUAAAAUAAUAUAUGUUACCAGCAAAUUUCAAUUCACAACAUAUAAGAUGAAACACACUUCUCCUAGUAAGUUUGAAUUUCCCAGUAUGACUCCACCUCAUAAUACCAACACAUGCUUUCUCACUUAUUAGCGCUCCUCUCUGCAUAAAACGUUUCCUUUCAGUCAAAUUGCAACUUAAAAAAGCUUAAUAUAUAUUGUAAUAUGUUUGAAUAUUUGACGUAUGGUCUGUUGGAACUCGUUUUUGACAAAGUGGUGUGGACCAAUUUUCCGAUGGGUUUUUCGAUGGAGACGUCUGUCGGAAUAACCGGAACUUGGGCACGAUGUAAUCGUUACCGUGAGCACUAUGAGAUAGUGUAUUUGUUGGUCAAAAUCGGAGUUGUUUUGAAUAAAAAAUGGAGGUGUAAAGUGAGUGUUUUACAAAGCUUGUAAAAUUUUGAAUUUGGCUAAAUAUGAAAUUAGCAAAUGUCUCACUUUAUAUAUUUGGGGUUAAAUUAAAAUUUGUUAGUUGGACAUUAUAUCUAAUAACUUAUUUAAUGAUUAUCUUAUAUUUAUUUAAAUAUAAAAGAUUUAAAUCCAUUAAAAAGAUUAUUGUUGUUUAACCUAGUCAAACUUACAAUAUCUUUUUCUUGAAUGCACGUUAUGAAAAUGGUUACAAAGAAUCAAUUUUUUCUUUAUGACAUUUGCCGUGAUUCAAUGCUCCAUUUAUGGCUUACGUUGGACCUAUUUUGUUGAUUACAAAAGGGAGCUUAAGUCAUUCUCUGCAGAGAUAUUCAUACGAGCAAAUAUACUCCCACUUGAAUAUUUGAUUCUUUAUUUUCUGUGUGUUUUUUCUUCUUUUAUCUUUCGAGUCUGAGAGUAUAUACAAAACUAGUUUCGUCAGGCUUCUGAUAGAGUGACGCAAAUCAGAAGAUUUUUUGCAGUUGUAUCUUGGGACUCAUUACGUUAUCAAACCGUCGCAUUACGGGACGUAUUUUGAGUUAAGGAAAGAGAUAAUAUCUCGUCUCUGCAGUUGUAUCAUCCUUUUCUUAAUCUUUGGUAUAAUCUUAUCAAAUUUAUUCUUUACAAUAUUCAGUUCUCCGUAGUUUAUAUAAUACGGUCCUAUCAGUCUUAACUCAAAAUAUCCGUUUAUUGCUUUGCACUAACCGGACUGAUUAUUGUAAAAGUUUUUCUUAUAAGAACAGGUUGACCGAUAUUUCUUAAAAAAAAAGGUGUUGGAAUCUGAUCGGCUCUGAUAGUUCUCGGUGUCAGCGUGAAAUUUUUCACUCCGCUUACGUUUCUUUUUUGCAGGAACUAUUAGGUUUUUUUUUUUUUUGAAAUAAUUUUUUCUGCAAUCUCGUGGUAUUUGCUUGUUGCUUGCAGAUUUAUCAGUUGUUGAUUCUAUUGGCUCUUCUAUGAUAGCAUAAUUUCAUAUUGAUAACUGAUUAGCUUUUAGUCAAUACUGGUUUGCUGCAUCCUUGUUUUUUCCAUUGGUCGUAAACCGCAUCAAAGUUCAUUCCUUUGUGUUAUUUGUUAAAGGUUUGACUUGGCUUGUCAUAUUUGAUUAAACAGAUUAAAAUAUUAGACUUGAUUCCUCACAAUCAUUCUAACGUUUGUAAAAGAUUGCAUGAGUUUUUAGUAUUAAAAAUAUUCUAGCUCAUAACUAUGAUUAGAAUAAAACGUUAUUUGUCCAUUUAUUUUUAAUGCAGUGACUUGUUUGAUUUAAUAAUCAAUAAUGUCUAACGUUUUGAUUUCUGGUUUUAGUUUUUUCUUUUUUGGAAUGACCAUGAAAGAAAAAAAAUAUUGAAGUUUUAUGUAUGAACAACACUACGGUUCUUAAGGGAUCAUGUUGUUUGAAUGGAAAUUGGAUUCGUGAAUCGACGCCCCAACUUAAGUUUGGGAGAGGUCUGCCACAUAUGAAUUAUUUGCCAUUAGAAAAUAUGAUGUUGUUGAUAAUGAUCAAAACAUUUAUGUUUCGUCAAUGCUUAUAUGCAAGUUGUAUAAAGAUUGACUAUACAAAAACAAUGAGAAUUCUCAGACCAAUGUGACUGAAACUGAUAUGUAUAUUGUAGUUUCUAAAGUCAAUAUGGUUGAGAAUAACCAUAUAAAAUGGUGGUUUUGAUGGCACAAAUAAUAUCAUGUAAUGAUAUGUAUAUUUGCUAUAAAAAAAAAGAGUAAAAUAUGUUUUUUGGAAAAAUCCAAAACAUACAAGUUGGAUUUAUCAAUCAACUUGAGAGAACUAUGAAAAUAGUUGUAUGAAAAAUGUGAAUUUCUAAGAAUGAAACACAUUUUAAAGGAAAUUGUAAUAAUUUUUGAAAUUUUUUUUUAUUCAUUUAAAUCUAAAGGAGUUGUAGAUUAACUUUCUAAACUCUUAAGAGAUAUUAAAUGUAAUUAUGCAUGUUUUUGAGCUAUCUCAAGAAAUGUGGGGGAAGCUUUGCUUACCAUAUAAAGUUGUUGGCAAGUAGCCACAUGAACUUAGUGAUAGUUAUCACGAUAUGAUGAAAAAAAAAAAAACUAGUGUCAUAUACUGAGUUUUGUGUAUAAUGGUUAAUUGUAUCUUGAAAUAAGAUGACAAAAAUCAUUAGACAAUUGAUCUCGACUAAUCUCAAGAGGUUAUGUUCAUUGUGAUGACAACCUAGGAUCCUUUUAUUAAAGGGGUGUCAUGAGAUCAUAUUGUUAUAUCAUCUAAAGGAAUGGGUAGCCUGUGAAUUAAGAUGAGGUUUCGCGGUAACUCUACCUAACUGACUGGAGAUCCCAAGAAAUAGGUUCAAUGAGACAACUAAGUGAAACUAAGUCUGCCCAAAGCACUGUAAGACUUCGGUCUAUACCCAGUUCCUAUGAUGAUUAAACAGUGCUACAUGUAAGGAAUAUAGGAUAAGCAUUAGCUUUUAAUAAUUUGUGUCCAUUCUUUUGAGAUAUGAAUGGAGUAGUACAUGAUACUUCUCUAAACAAAACUAAUGGCAAAUCACCUUGUGAGUGUGAAAUGGGGCCGUUUCUAGGAGAAUGAAGGAAAUGUUAUAUUCUCCAAGUUCACUCAUGAUUACCAAGAAUGUUCACGGCCAAAAUGAACACAAUAGAGAAAUUAGUUUUGUGAGAGGAUGAAGCUGUGUUAUAGCUAUUGUCUCGGUUUACACCAAAGUCCGGGGGGUUCAAGACAUCAUGGCCACCUCCUGUUCGAGUAAAUCCGAUAGCUAUUAACAAUGACUGGUUCAAGGCUGAAAAAUUGCUACCAACUCAUCAUGCAGUGGAUUUUUCGCUCAUACUCUCAAAAGUCCUUUUUUUUUCUUGAGUCAUGUGUAUAGAGUCAUUUCUAUUCAUGUGGGGGAUUGUUGGAACUCGUUUUUGACAAAGUGGUGUGGACCAAUUUUCCGAUGGAUUUUUCGAUGGAGACGUCUGUCGGAAUAACCGGAACUCGGGCACGAUGUAAUCGUUACCGUGAACACUAUGAGAUAGUGUAUUUGUUGAUCAAAAUCGGAGUUGUUUUGAAUAAGAAAUGGAGGUGUAAAGUGAAUGUUUUACAAAGCUUGUAAAAUUUUGAAUUUGGCUAAAUAUGAAAUUAGCAAAUGUCUCACUUUAUAUAUUUGGGGUUAAAUUAGAAUUUGUUAGUUGGACAUUAUGUCUAAUAACUUAUUUAAUGAUUAUCUUAUAUUUAUUUAAAUAUAAAAGAUUUAAAUCCAUUAAAAAAGAUUAUUGUUGUUUAACCUAGUCAAACUUACAGUAUCUUUUUCUUGAAUGCACGUUAUGAAAAUGGUUACAAAGAAUCAUUUUUUUCUUUAUGACAUUUGACGUGAUUCAAUGCUCCAUUUAUGGCUUACGUUGGACCUAUUUUGUUGAUUACAAAAGGGAGCUUAAGUCAUUCUCUGCAGAUAUUCAUACGAGCAAAUAUAGCAAAUACAUUUCUCUCACUUGAAUAUUUGAUUCUUUAUUUUCUGUGUGUUUUCUCUUUUUUUAUCUUUCGAAUCUGAGAGUAUACACAAAACUAGUUUCGCCAGGUUUCUGAUAGAGUGACGCAAAUCAGAAGAUUUUUUGCAGUUGUAUCUUGGGACUCAUUACGUUUUCAAACCGUCGCACUACGGGACGUAUUUUGAGUUAAAGAAAGAGAUAAUAUCUCGCCUCUGCAGUUGUAUCAUUCUUUUCUUAAUCUUUGGUAUAAUCUUAUCAAAUUUAUUCUUUAUAAUAUUCAGUUCUCCGUAGUUUAUAUAAUACGGUCCUAUCAUGGUCAGCAUUUAUUUAGUCUAGUUUGGAUGUCACCAGAAUCACUCGCAUCCAAGAACAGUGAAACGAAGAAGAAAGUGGCAAUUUGUUUUCACAUUUUAUAACACUCGACUCAAAUGGGUUUUGCAGUUGUGAACUCUGUUGUUAUCAGUACUAGUAUCAUUAUAAUUAUCUGAAGAAAAUUUAGGCUAUGAUUUGAUAUGCAUUCUCAUUUCUCACUCACUCACUCAAGUAUUCUUGAUCCCGUGCAUGGAGUAACAUAUUAAAGAAUAAUUUAGGAGUGAACAUAAGGAGUAAAAUUUCAAAAGAAAUACAUAAAAAAUUUCAAGAAAAUCUCUUCUUAUUUGGGAAUGAAAAGUAUUAAGAACUUGUUGCCACUUAUAAAGAUGUUGAAGAGUCGAGUGUACUACCCUCUUUGGUCGUGUCUCCACUCCAUUAAAGACAAGAAUGUGUUCGAGUGAUCAAAUCAUAUAAAUAACCCCCGCCUCCUUCCUCUUGGAUCAAGACUGCGGUUAUUUUGUCCUUUUCAAUUGGUAUGGUUAUGACAUCACGACAACCAGAACAUGACUUACUAAUAC